AUGGCGGGAAGGUGGCUCGGAGCCCUGGUCGAGCGCUCCACGCAGAGCCCCGGGUCGUGCGCUCCGCUCCCAGCCUCCGCCCUCCUGGGGGAGAUCGCACAGCAGGGCCAGACGGCGCAGCGGCGGCGCGACGCGAUGCUGUACGCGCUGUCCGCGGCGGCCCUGAUGUUCGGCGUGUCCUUCUUGGCGGUGCCGAUUUACCAGAUGUUCUGCCAGGCGACGGGGUACGGCGGCACGACGCAGGACGACGGGCGCACGAUCGAGGACAAGAUGCGCAACCGGCUGCUGAACCCGAACGAGGAGAUCGAGGCCGCGGCCGCGCAGCGGCAGGUCCGCGUGUCGUUCGACUCGUACGUGUCGCCGGGGAUGCCGUGGACGUUCGAGCCGUGCCAGCGCGAGCUGUGGGUGCGGCCGGGGCAGAGCGCGCUCGCGUUCUUCAACGCGACGAACCGCAGCGGGCGCGACGUGGUCGGGGUGUCGACGUACAACGUCGUCCCGAACAAGGCGGGGGUGUAUUUCAACAAGAUCCAGUGCUUCUGCUUCGAGGAGCAGCGGCUCAAGGCCGGGGAGUCCAUCGACAUGCCGGUCUUCUUCUACCUCGACCCGGAGCUCGCGACGGACGCGCGCAUGAACGACGUGAAGGACAUCAUUCUGUCGUACACGUUCUUUGAGGUGGAGGAGGAGGGGCAGGGGCUGGAGCUGGCCAACCAGCUGCGGAACGAGGAGGAGGCGCGGUUCCGCGCCGCGCUGGACGCCGCGGGCGCGGGCGCGCAGGGGCGCACCGUUGGCGACGUGAACAAGACGGCUGGGGAUGACUGCGAGGACUGCGCGGACGCGGUGGUGCGCGGGGCGGUGGGGAAGUGA